AUGUCUGCUCUGCGUUGUUUAACAUUAGCUGAAGCUGUGAAUCUGAUUGAAAAUGCAUCUGAUCUUGAGGAUGACGGUGAAAUCUUAAUUUUACCACCUAAUGAUCGGCUGGAGGAUUCCGACAUUGAGGAUAUCAAUGAAAAUCAAUUGGAUAGCAUUGAUCCCGGCCAAGUAUGCGGCGAAUUGGAUGUUAUUGUAAAAAAUGCGUCUUCGGCAGAUAAUAUUUCAGAUAACUCAGACGAGGAAAUUUUAACAAGAAAGAUACCAGCAAAACGGUCAAAAAAAGAUGGUCCCCAACCUAAAUGGAUGAAAAAGAAUAAUUUUGAAAAACCAUUACCAAAAUCGAAACCUAAAUCAUUGUCUCAGGAAAGGUGGUCCAACAAGUCCUAUCAACAAGGACGUCAAGGAAUCAACUGUUGGACAUUAUUUGUCAUCAACUACACAAGGAAGAUGUAG